AUGGAGGAUCCCUGGGCUGAAAUUGGCGCGGGCGCAUCGCAGAUCGGUUCGUCUUCACAAGGCGAUGAUGGUACAGGGCCUGGCGGAACGUCUGCACCGUCAACAUCGACGACGGCAGCGUCUGGUAGGCCCUCGCGCCUGACGCCUCGUCGCCUCGUCGCGCAACCUACACGCCUUCAAGCCGUUGAAGAUGAUCCCCUGGGACCUCUAGGCGCCAGCACUACAGGCGCCGAUGGCUCGCUCCCACCGCUGGCUCCGCCCGUCCCGCCCGUCAAGGAACAGCUGCCCCUGCGGACGACGAUGCCCGCCGGUGCCGGUGCCGCCGCGAAGAGAUCCAGCCCGCCCGAUCCUCACCGCAUAGAUGACGACGACGGCUUUGAUCAGCAGUCCGCCGGCCCGAGGCAGCCGCCGCCCGUCCAAGCAGCCCAACCCAGCCCCAUCCGCAGCACGAUGCAGCCAAGCGUUAGCCUUGAGCAGGCUGCCAAGCCGAGCUUUCAGAUUAGUGUUGGAGACCCCCACAAAGUCGGCGACUUGACAAGCAGUCACAUCGUCUACUCGGUCAGGACAAAGACUACCUCGAAGGCAUACAAGCAAGGCGAAUUUGAGGUCAAGAGGAGAUACCGCGAUUUCUUAUGGCUCUACAACACUCUACACGCCAACAACCCCGGGGUGGUGGUGCCGCCGCCGCCUGAGAAGCAGGCGGUGGGCCGGUUCGAGAGCAAUUUCGUCGAAGCCCGGCGCGCAGCCCUCGAGAAGAUGCUCAACAAGACGGCGGCACAUCCGACGCUGCAGCAUGAUGCAGACCUCAAACUUUUCUUGGAAAGCGAAGCGUUCAACAUCGACGUCAAGCACAAGGAAAGAAAGGAGCCUAGCCUCGGCGAGAGCAAGAGCAUGCUCAGCUCGUUUGGCAUCAAUGUUGGAAGCACGAACAAGUUCGUAGAGCAGGAUGAUUGGUUCCACGAGCGCAAGGUCUACCUAGACGCGCUAGAAAACCAACUCAAGGCACUUCUCAAGGCCAUUGAUGGUAUGGUGGUUCAGCGCAAGGCCAUGGCAGAAGCAGCAGGCGACUUCUCGGCUUCGUUGCACGCGCUAUCGACGGUAGAGCUCUCUCCGACCCUAUCGGGGCCGCUGGACGCGCUCUCGGAUCUUCAAAUCAUGAUCCGCGACGUUUAUGAUCGCCAAGCGCAGCAGGACGUGCUCACCUUCGGUAUUAUUAUCGAGGAGUAUAUCCGACUGAUUGGAAGCGUCAAGCAAGCGUUUACGCAGCGCCAAAAGGCCUUUUACAGCUGGCAUACGGCCGAGUCAGAGCUCCAGAAGCGUAAGGCAUCCCAGGACAAGCUCCUUCGCCAAGGAAAGAGCCAGCAGGAUCGACUCAAUCAGGUCAGCGCCGAGGUGGCAGACGCGGAACGGAAAGUGCACCAGGCGCGUUUGUUGUUUGAGGACAUGGGCCGGCUGAUGCGGUCCGAGCUGGAUCGGUUUGAGAGAGAGAAGGUCGAGGAUUUCAAAUCAGGCGUUGAAACAUUUUUGGAGGGGGCUGUUGAGGCACAGAAGGAGCUAAUUGAGAAGUGGGAGACGUUCCUUAUGCAAUUGGAUGCGGAAGACGACGAAACCGUUUUCUAUCGACCUCCUGUGAUCCAGACGAAUAAGCCUGCUGGAGACACGGCGGUUGAUCGGGCCCGGGCCAGGAUUGACGAAGACUCAGAUUAG